AUGCUUCAUGCAAGUGGCAUUCGACGCAAAACACCUACCCGUAUGCCUAGUGCUGAUUCAUCAGCUACAACAUCAGUAGGUCUAGGAAAGGUUUCAGAAAAAUUAGAAAUGAGUAAAGUCGAGAACUGGGAAGACGUACAAAAUCAUUGA